AUGGCUACAGCGACUGCUAUUAAAUCAGGAUCUGCAGAAGGCGGAAUGCAAUUUCGUACGCAAAUGGUCAACGGGAAACCGCAAAUCUAUUUCGAUGCUAUUGAUGAAUCUUCAACAAAGCCAAGACCCAAACGGAGUGGUCCCGCUAUGAAUGCAACUCGUCCGCCUGAACCUCCUAAAUCUAAACCUAGUAGUCAGAAGCCUCCUUCACAAAAUCAAACCAAUAAAGUUACGAAAAAGAAACAAAAAGUUACUUUUAGUGAAGCAGGUCCAACAGCAGGCAUGUUUAUGACUAUGGAUGAAAUAUCCGAACUUGUAAAAACUGUUCAGGAAACUACUAGAGCUCAAAGUACGAUUAUGAACGAAAACAAUGUACCUACAAAUUCAUCUUUUCGAUCAACUCAACAACAAGAGCCAUCAUCAUCAUCACAACAACAACAGCAGCAGCAGCAGCAGCAAUUCUAUCAAACUUCAUCUACAGCUGUAGUGCCUAAGUUAGAUUUAUCUCAACAGCAACUGCCUCCAUCAUUUUCUCAACCAUUAGCUCCAAUCUCACCUCGACAAGAGGCAUUGGGUAUGAUGGCUGACAAGAAACGUCAAAAAUGGAUGCGUGAAAAAGCUGAAAUGGAUCGUAUGAAACUUGAAGUUGAAUAUGAUCAACUUAAACAUCAAUUAUCUCCUAUGCAUCAAAAAGCUUCAUCAUCACCGGAACGAUCCGCCUAUCCACCAGGUGACUUUUCAUCAAACAAUAGGCCACCACUUCCACCUUCAAUGAAACAAAAUGAUAAUCAACAAAGUGAUUUCGGUAAAACACGUUUAAUGGAAAAGAAACAACAACAAUGGAAACAAGAAAACGCUGAAAAAGCUCCAGUAUGGAAUCCAUUUGGCCGACCUGGUGCUGGUGCACCUAUGUCAAACGAACUUCAACAAAAGCCUUCACAACCGUUGUCGAAUAUUGCAAUGCCUUAUCGACCACCAGAUAACUCGUCGAUUCAAACCAAUAUUGUUCUCAAUGAUCAAACACAUGUACCAGCUGCAAUGCGUACGAAUCUAUUAUUUGGUGAUGUUCGUUUCGAAGACGAUGUUAAAACAGCUAAAGAAAUGGAACGUCGACAAUGGUUAGACGAUCUACAAAGGCAAAUCGAAGAUAAUAAACGUAAAAAAUCUCGAGAUCAAGAGACUGAACGUCGACACGAUUUUCUACAAGACAAUAUUCAACCGCUUGUGCAAGAAGCUGCAAAUAGACAUCAACAAGAAAAAGAACCAGCAACACCAACUACGGAUACAACAUUAGGACAAAAUAAUACUAGUGGACAAAAUCCAACAAAGUCAAAUCGACAUGAAUCAUUAGUACAACAUACCUAUGAUAAAAUACUUGAAGCAACGGAAUUGGCUAAAUAUGAAAAAAAAGCACAAUUAAUUGAGAAACUUAAACGUAAUGGACAUAAAACAGAUUUAUUAGCUAAAACAUUACCAGCUGUAAAUUCAAAUGUUCCACCUGUUACUCCAAAGGUCAUCGAGAAAAAUAUUGAUACGUCACCAAAAAAGCAUACAACCGUGAAAAUUGAACCACUACAUUUCAAUAUUGGUAAUGAUAAUCAACAAUCUAAUCGAGCAAAAGAUGCGCCACGAGACGAAGCGGUUAACACAGUAAAUUCAACUUUUCGAAGCGAUAAUAGUGUUCAAACCGAUCUUCAAAUAGUACCACAUAAACAAAUGUUUUCUUUUACUCGAGAAGAAUCUGAUUUACCACCUCAAAUACCCAAUCAUCUACUUCGUAAUGGUAAACAAAAUAAAAAAAAUGUUCGCAUACGUUCACUUGAAGAUACUCAACGGCAACGACGUCCAUCCAUAUCCACAACACAUUCAAGUCAUAAUACAAUCGAUGAUGGUGUCGGAUCUCAAAUUGGUACUCAUCGUAGUAAUUAUGGUACCAUCGAUCUUGUUCAUCGUCCAUUAUGGAAUUAUCAAAAUCCUGAACAUCGUGAAUAUGUAACAAAUUCAAGACGUGAUCCACAUUACGAUAAACGUCCGCGUCAGAGAAAUGCUGAACAAGAAAAUUUUGAUCGUACCGAUGACGUACAGAAAAGAACAGCCUAUAAUCGUUGGAAUAGCGAUAGUGAAUUACAACAACAACAACAACAACAACGCAAAGAAAGAAAAUUCACACCUUCGAAUCGAACACGUCCUACAGCUUUAAAACAAAGUAAUAUAAAUAAAAAUGAACCUAUUCCUCGAGCAAAACCACCACAUGAAGCAUUUCUUGUAAAGAAAACAGAUGAUGAAUCUAGUUAUAUUAAUAUAUCAUCACUGGAUAAAUAUGAACAUUUUAUACCAUACACAAGAACCGAUGAUGUACUUGAUCCAUCGAAAGCCUUUUCACCGAUACCACCAUCAAGAGAAACAUCAGCUCACACACAACAAAUUACAACAACUACAAACGAUGAUCAUCGGCGACGACAAAAUACCAGUAUUCAACCACCACCCUAUCAUGUACCUCCAUCUCGACAAGAACAUAUUCUUCAACAAUUAACAGCUAUUAAAGAAAAUUUAGUUCGUCGACAACAAGAAGUGACAACAUCAAUGAAUGCUAUUCCAGUCUAA